CCGUACGGGGGUUUAUUUUGCUUUGGGCCGAUCCAGCCGCCGCCAUUAGAGAAGCCCGGGGAGCGGGGCGAGAGGCUCCCCCCUCGCGCCGCACCGAGUGGGAGCGCCCGCAGCCGCGGCAGCCCGCCGCGCUGGGAAAGACCAUGUCUUGAGCGGGGAGAGCACGCCGCAGCCAGCGGGCCGGGGGGGGAGGGGGGGGCGGCGCGGGGCGCAGGCGGCUUCCAGCGCCGAGCGUGUGCUGAGGGACGGCUCCCGGCGGCGGCGGCGGCGGCGGCGAGGAAUAGUUAUCUGCUUAGUCUCAUCCUUCAUAUUUGGCAGUCUGAGGAGAAGGUCUGAGCCAGCAUGAAGACAGAAUCCCCUCUUCAUUAGAGAAAAACUUUCUGCCCGACGCAGUUCAUUGCAAGAAGUGCACGAUGACAGAGCGUGGAAUUAAAUGGGCUUGUGAGUAUUGUACAUACGAAAACUGGCCAUCUGCAAUCAAAUGUACCAUGUGUCGUGCUCAGAGGCCUAGUGGAACAAUUAUCACCGAAGAUCCAUUUAAGAGUGGUUCGAGUGAUAUUGGCAGAGACUGGGAUCCUACGAGCACUGAAGGAGGGAGUAGUCCUUUGAUAUGUCCAGAUUCUAGUGCAAGACCAAGGGUUAAAUCAUCUUACAGUAUGGAAAGUGCAAAUAAAUGGUCGUGCCACAUGUGCACAUACUUGAACUGGCCGAGAGCGAUAAGAUGUACUCAGUGCUUGUCUCAACGGAGGACCAGGAGUCCCACAGAGUCUCCUCAGUCUUCAGGUUCGGGUUCAAGACCAGUCCCUUUUUCUGUUGAUCCGUGUGAGGAAUAUAAUGACAGAAAUAAACUAAACACAAGGGCUCAGCACUGGACUUGUUCUGUUUGUACUUACGAAAACUGGGCGAAGGCCAGGAAAUGUGUCGUAUGCGAUCAUCCCAGACCUAACAACAUAGAAGCAAUAGAACUGGCAGACACAGAAGAGGCUUCUUCCAUCAUCAACGAGCAAGACAGAGCUCGAUGGAGAGGAAGCUGUAGUAGUGGUAAUAGCCAAAGAAGAUCUCCACCCACAACCAAACGUGAAUCUGAUGUGAAAAUGGACUUCCAAAGAAUUGAAUUGGCUGGAGCCGUUGGCAGCAAGGAAGAACUUGAAGUUGACUUCAAAAAACUAAAGCAAAUAAAAAAUAGAAUGAAAAAGACUGACUGGCUGUUUCUAAAUGCUUGUGUUGGAGUGGUAGAAGGUGAUUUAGCUGCUGUUGAAGCUUACAAGUCAUCAGGAGGAGACAUUGCCCGCCAGCUUACUGCAGAUGAGGUCCGCCUGCUAAACCGCCCGUCCGCGUUCGACGUGGGGUACACGCUCGUGCACCUGGCCAUCCGCUUCCAGAGACAGGACAUGCUGGCCAUUCUGCUUACAGAGGUAUCCCAGCACGCAGCCAAGUGCAUUCCUGCCAUGGUGUGCCCGGAGGUCACCGAACAAAUUCGCCGUGAGAUUGCUGCAUCUCUUCAUCAGCGGAAGGGAGACUUCGCUUGCUACUUUCUGACUGACCUCGUAACCUUUACGUUACCUGCAGAUAUUGAAGACUUACCACCCACCGUCCAAGAGAAGUUGUUUGAUGAAGUGCUCGAUAGAGAUGUUCAGAAAGAGCUAGAAGAGGAAUCUCCCAUCAUUAACUGGUCCCUGGAACUGGGUACACGCCUGGACAGCAGGCUGUAUGCACUUUGGAACCGGACUGCAGGGGACUGCCUGCUUGACUCAGUACUACAGGCCACGUGGGGCAUUUACGACAAGGAUUCAGUGCUGCGGAAAGCUCUUCACGACAGUUUACACGACUGCUCACAUUGGUUCUACACACGCUGGAAAGAGUGGGAAUCGUGGUAUUCCCAGAGCUUUGGUUUACAUUUCUCAUUGCGAGAGGAACAGUGGCAGGAGGAUUGGGCAUUCAUACUCUCUCUUGCAAGCCAGCCUGGAGCGAGUUUGGAGCAGACACACAUUUUUGUACUUGCACAUAUUCUUAGAAGACCAAUUAUAGUUUAUGGAGUAAAAUAUUAUAAGAGUUUCCGAGGAGAAACAUUAGGAUAUACCCGCUUCCAAGGUGUGUAUUUGCCUUUGUUAUGGGAACAGAGUUUUUGUUGGAAGAGUCCUAUUGCUCUGGGCUACACGAGGGGCCAUUUCUCUGCCCUCGUUGCCAUGGAGAACGAUGGUUAUGGCAACCGAGGGGCUGGUGCUAACUUGAACACUGACGAUGACGUUACCGUUACUUUCCUGCCCUUGGUGGACAGCGAGAGGAAAUUACUGCACAUCCACUUCCUUUCUGCUCAAGAGAUAGGCAACGAGGAGCAGCAGGAGAAGCUGCUGCGGGAGUGGCUGGAGUGCUGCGUGACGGAGGGCGGCGUGCUGGUGGCCAUGCAGAAGAGCUCCCGCCGCCGCAACCACCCGCUCGUCACGCAGAUGGUGGAGAAGUGGCUCGACCGCUACCGCCAGAUCCGGCCCUGCACCUCCCUGUCCGACGGGGAGGAGGACGAGGAUGACGAUGAUGAGUGAAGGGGAAGAGCUCGCAAAGCAAAAGGAGCGGCGCGGAGCGUGUGGCCCCGGGGUCGGCGUCGGGCUCCAGCCCUUGGGCGCGUGACGACCCGACUCCCAGGGAAAGAUGCUGUUAGGGACUUCUCAAACCAGCGUGGAGAGAGUCUGGGGGCUCCUCUGCUGCCCGAGGAGAGCGAAAUGGGCCGGACUACCGUUUGUAUAGAAACAAAGAACACCUAAUUUUAUUAUCAAGAUGGGAAAAAACCCUCCUCCCCCACCUGCCCCUUUUUCUCUCCGACUGUAAAUGUGUCUAUAAACGUACCGCAUGUGGUUGUGUAAGAGGUCGUGUAAUAGGAAAAGUUAUACCAGCAUCUAAUUAUUGCAGAGACAUUUUCUUUCCAAACAAGGGCACUUAGGAAAGCACACGCCGGAUGGAAAUCUCCUCCCUCCCACCGUCUUUUACUGUACAACUCGGUAUCCUGCAUCACCUCCAGGUAACUUGGACACGCUUCCCCGACAGGCCCUUGUGUGUGAGAUCUCACUAGUGCCCAGGUCAGAUUGUGAGGCUUGGUUUUUGGUUGUGUUUGGUUUCUUUUUGUUUGCACAAAAUAUCCACAGCAAGUCAUGAGCGAGAAAACAUUCAUUAUUUUACUAAUACUUUAGUUACUGCUGUGCCCAUGUAAUAAAAUCUAAACUCUACGGAACAAA